UUUGUGAAUACUUAUAUUCAGUUCUAUUGCUACAAUUUUUUCUUGUCUUUUUUGUUUUUAGUAUUGUGGAUAUUACUCAGUGGUGCAUGCUUAUUCAGAGGAAAGCAGAUGGAUUUCCAGAUGAUUACCCAUACAACAAAUGGACUGGCCCAUUCAGAACCUCACCAACAGAAAUCCAUACAUAUUUCUACUUCCCAUGGAGAAUGUGAAGAGAAAGAAAAAAAAAAUGCUUUUCAAAACUUUGAAACAAAUUUUUCAAACAUAUAUGGGUCAGAUUUGUUGCCAGCUUGGAAUGGUGAGGAAUGCACCAAACAUUUUCUUCAUGAAGUAGUGGAUAUUAUCUUCAGUUAUAUCAAAAAGGCUGUUGACAGAAAGAGCAAAGUGCUUGAUUUCCACCAUCCACAUCAGCUUCUGGAAGGGCUAGAAGGCUUCAAUUUGGAACUCUCUGAUCACCCUGAACCACUGGAGCAAAUUCUUGUAGACUGCAGGGACACCUUGAAAUAUGGGGUUAAAACUGGACAUCCCCGUUAUUUCAACCAACUCUCCAGUGGCCUUGACAUUAUAGGACUUGUUGGAGAAUGGUUGACAGCUACUGCAAAUACAAACAUGUUUACAUAUGAAAUAGCACCAGUAUUCAUCAUAAUGGAGGAGAUCCUGCUGAAGAAAAUGCAGGAAAUCAUUGGAUGGGAAGAAAGAGAAUCAGAUGGCAUAUUUUCUCCAGGGGGAAGCAUAUCAAACCUCUACAGUGUUUUAGUUGCUCGCUAUAAAUACUACCCUGAGAUUAAAACCAAAGGCAUGGCAGCCCUUCCAGAGAUCAUAUUGUUUAUUUCUGAACAUAGUCACUAUUCUAUAAAAAAAGCAGCAGCAGUUGUAGGAAUUGGAGUGGAUAAUGUUAUUGCUAUCAAAUGUGAUGAAAGAGGGAAAAUGAUUCCAUCUGAACUGGAGGAAAAUAUUAUCAAAGUCAAAAGACAGGGAAAAAUACCGCUGUAUGUUAGUGCCACAGCUGGGACAACAGUCUAUGGAGCUUUUGAUCCUCUUGCCAACAUUGCUGACAUUUGUGAAAAACACAAUCUUUGGAUGCAUGUGGAUGCAUCAUGGGGAGGUGGUUUAUUAUUGUCAAGAAAGCAUUCCCAUAAGUUGAGCGGCAUUGAAAGAGCCAACUCUGUUACAUGGAAUCCUCACAAACUGAUGGGUGUUCCGCUACAGUGCUCAGCUUUUUUAGUCCAUGAAAAGGGUCUUCUCCAAGCCUGCAAUCAGCUCUCUGCUGACUAUCUCUUCCAACCAGACAAGGCUUAUGAUACAGUUUAUGACACCGGAGACAAGACAAUCCAGUGUGGCCGACAUGUUGAUGUCUUGAAACUAUGGCUAACGUGGAGAGCUAAAGGCACAGGAGGAUUUGAAAUUCUUAUCAACAAAUUUUUGGAACUUGCAGAAUAUCUUUACAAGGAACUCAAGACAAGAAACAACUAUGAGCUGGUUUUUGAUGCUGAGCCUGAAUUUAGCAAUGUAUGUUUCUGGUAUAUCCCACCAAGUCUUCGACAUAUCCCAAAAGGGCCAGAAAGAGACAAAAGACUUCAUCAGGUUGCUCCAAAAAUGAAAGCAAGGAUGAUGGAAGAAGGCACUACUAUGGUUAGCUACCAACCUUUGGGGGAUAAUGUGAACUUUUUCCGAAUGGUCUUCUCUAAUCCAGCAACCCAAAAAUCAGAUGUUGAUUUCCUCUUGGAAGAAAUUGAAAGGCUUGGGAAGGAUUUGUGAUAAUCUGAAAAAAAAUGUAUUAUUAGUAUUGUGUUGAUUCUCUACAGCAGUGUUUCUCAGUCUUGACAGCUUUAACAUGUGUGUACUUCAACUCCCAGAAUUCCCCAGCCAACCCUCUUGACUAGGCAAUUCUGGAAGCUGAAGUCCACAUCUUAGAGUUGUCAAAGUUGAGGAACACAAAUUGACAAAUUGUGGUUAUUUUUUUUUUCAUCAAAGUGCUGCGCUGUAGUUUUCUUUUGUUCUGCUAUUUGUUGGGGUGAAAUUCAAAGGUUUGAAACAUACUGAGAAGGGAGUUACAGUAGAUCUGAUGAAAUAUACCAUUUUCCAAGAAACUUGUAUUUGUACGUUAAGUGGGUAAAGAAUCUUACAUGUCUUUUUACUCAAAGCAGUGAGCAUUGUUUUUGCAUCGGCUGCAGCCUA